AUGGCGAACGAGCAAAAUCUCGCUUCUCUCAAGAAGCGGCGCGCAGUAAUACAACGCUCGUGUACGCGUAUAAAAACGUUUUUAGAUUCGGUUGUUUCCGUCACGCCUACCAUCGCCGCGCAGCUCGAGGAGCGACGAGCAAAAUUAAACAGUAACAUGUCCGAAUAUGAAUCGGUACAGACAGAAAUCGAGUUGCUAGACGAGAGCGAGGAAAAUCAUCGCAUCAAUUUCGAGGAAGCCUUUUUCACUUUAGCGGCGAGAAUGCGAGAACUCGUAACGCCGCGAUCAAUUCCGUCGCGUGCAACAACAAGAUCUCCCUCGAGUGAACUUGAUCUGCCGAGAUGGUCAGCGCAUAUCAGACUUCCGAAAUUAGAUCUUCCGACUUUUUCGGGCAAAUACGAUGAAUGGUCUCCAUUUUUUGACGCGUUUCAAUCAAUUAUACAUUCCAACGAGUCGAUAACUGCCGUACAAAAACUUCAAUAUUUGAAAGGCUGUUUGAAGGAAGACGCGAGUAAAGUCAUUAGUUCCUUGGAGAUUUCCGCUUUGAAUUAUGAAGUGGCCUGGAAUUUAUUAAAAGAACGCUACGAUAACAAGCGCGUUAUCGUGCAAACACACGUUCGAGCGAUCAUGCAAUUGCCGUGCAUGAGCAAAGAAAAUUCCGUUGAACUGCGUCAAAUCGCGGACGGUGCAAUGAGACACGUUCACGCUCUCAAUGCGUUAGGGCGUCCAACGUCUCAGUGGGAUGACCUUCUCAUACUCAUUUUGACCGAUAAAUUAGAUGCACGUACAUCUCGAGAAUGGCAAUCAUCUCUAGACACGCCCGAUCUGCCUACGCUACAACAAUUUAUAAAAUUCCUUACGCGUCAAUGUCAAAUGCUAGAAGCUACCAGUAAGGUCACGCCAAAUACAAAAAAUAACCCGCGUUCUCAAACGAGUCGUCAAAUCGCCUGCGCCGCCGCGACUACUUCAAAGUGCGGUCAUUGUAACGGUGAACACUCGAUAUAUUACUGCAAGGACUUCUUGGCGCUUACAAUUCCGCAACGCGUUUCGGAAAUUCGUAAAAAGAAAAUUUGUGUCAAUUGUUUGCGUUCUACAAGUCAUGCUUCGAACAAAUGCCCUUCCGGCGGUUGCAAGAUAUGCAAAUCAAAACACAAUUCCUUGCUGCAUCUCACAGCAGCUUCCUCAACCGAACACACAAACAGUGAUAAAGAAAAUCGCGAACCACCUGACGCGGCCAAAUCAUCUAAUAUCAUAGCAACGCAUGGCUUAAACGCACGCAGCAAUCAAGGGGUAAUUCUUUCUACUGCACUCAUACAUGCAUACGACAGAACAGGCUCACUCGUACCCUGUCGCGUACUCCUAGACUGCGGAUCGCAAGCAAGUUUCAUUUCGCGGACACAGAUUAAUAGACAGAUAGCCAAUGACCCGGGUAAAGACUAG